AGAACUUUUCAUGUGUUUCUACCUCACAUUCCACAUGAGCCACAGCACACUUCCCACAAAUUGUUUGGCAUGCAACCCUGUGUAAUCCGUUUUGAUUUUCAACCCACCCUGUACUUCUGGUAAUCUAUUCCAAUGACUUCCGGUAGUGCAUUCCAAUGAAUUCCAGCCCGAUGACAUUUCACGAACUUGCCUUCACUUGACAUUCGUUGUUGAUAUUUGUAGUUCCGUUUUGAAUUUCCUAUUCGUUGUUGAGUUUUCUUGCAACUUCUUCAGUAUUUUUUCUGCUGUGUUCUGUAAAGUAGUGAAAGAGACGAGUUCAUUUCUUUUUUAUUUGUUAUUUGUGUGAUAAUUCAAUUAAAAAGAAAACAAGUGUAUUGCAGCACAGAAAGAGAAUUGUGCUCAAAUGUGCAAUUGAUUGUUCGCAGCGAACCAAGUGCGGUGCAAAAGGAAUUGGCGACAGAAAUUUUCGCAGUGAAAAUUUUCGAGUGCACAAAAUUCAUACGCACACAUACAAAAGUGUUCACGCAGUGUCACACAUACGCGGAGGAGUGGCAGAGGCAGCGGAUAUAUAGCGCAGACACGACAAAAUACACGCGCGACGCAUGCACGACGCACCGGAGUAUAAACAUAGCAGUAGUAGCAGUAGCAGCCGUGAGCAGCAACUUCAGCCAGGAAGAGUGACUACAGCCGCCACUGUCGCUAUAAGCACUGGAGCAAGGAUAACACUAUCAACUUCUUUAGAACCAUCCGCAGGGCCAAACAGAACGACAAGCACUUCAUCAAUGGAAUCGAUUGGGCAUAAAUUGCACAGGCUGGAGAAGCGUCUAGAGGAAGAGAAUAACUCACAUAAUCACUUGAUGUUUGUCACCGAUGCUCCAAGUGGCUCCGUACCACGAGUUGGCGACAGAGAAGCACAUCAUAUGGCGCUCCCCAUUGGCAGGACAAAACGCCCCAAUCUGGGUUUGGUCAUGCCCAACACAAAUCGCAAUGGACCUCAAACAGAAAUGCACAAAAAACUUAAACGAAUACGACAACAAUCGGGCAUCUUAACCAUAAAUGGCCAAAAAUAUCCAAGUAAAAUGUCUGAUUUGGAACAUUUGAGCGAUUUGGGUAAUGGCACCAGUGGGAAUGUAGUAAAGAUGCGUCACAAGCCGACAGGCACUAUUUUGGCUGUAAAACAGAUGCGUAGCACUGGCAAUGAUGAGGAGAAUAAUCGCAUACUAAUGGAUCUAGACGUUAUACUAAACUCACAUGACUGUCCCUAUAUAGUGCAUUGUUUAGGUUAUUUUGUAAAUAUACCAGAUGUCUGGAUUUGCAUGGAACUAAUGUCGAUGUGUUUCGAUAAGCUUCUAAAGCGUUCGAAACAACCGGUGCCAGAGAGCAUACUAGGAAAGGUGACGGUUGCGACGGUUUAUGCACUUUCAUAUCUAAAGAUGAAACAUAACGUUAUCCAUCGCGAUGUGAAACCCUCAAACAUACUCAUCGACGAGCAAGGCAAUAUAAAGUUAUGUGAUUUUGGUAUUAGCGGGCGACUCGUGGACUCGAAAGCAAACACGCGCUCAGCCGGGUGCGCCGCUUACAUGGCGCCCGAACGCAUCGAUCCCAAAAAGCCAAAAUAUGAUAUACGCGCCGAUGUUUGGUCGUUGGGUAUAACACUCGUGGAACUCGCUACCGGCCGAUCACCCUACGAGGGCUGCAACAUAGACUUUGAGGUGCUGACUAAAAUUCUAGAUCAUGAACCACCUAGUUUGCCAUACGGUGAUGGUUGCGACUUCAGCCAAGAUUUUCGUAACUUUGUCGAUAAGUGUUUAACGAAAAAUGUACAUCAUCGGCCCAGAUAUCAGGAACUUUUACAGCAGCCAUUUUUUCGAUGCUACGACGCGGCUGACGUGAAUGUUGUACAAUGGUUUAAAACUGUGGUCGAGUCUGCCGACAUAGAGAUGCAUAGAACUCACAUGCCAAUAACUACUACAACAGCUACACUCAGAGGAGAUGUAACAGCAGCAACAAAUAAACAUAAUAAAAUUGCAACUGCAACAAUAAUGCCAACUACAAUAACAACAUCGACAGCGACAAUAAAUCCGAAAAUGCCUGCAGCAGCCACUAAUGCUACACACAUCCCAAGCUAUCAGAAUUCCUAUCACAGCGCCAGCACAUCUGCAGCUACACAGUCACGCUACACAAAAAAAGACGAUUACCUGCCACAAUAUCAUCCACAAUAUCCACAUGUGCAAACGCAAGCGUCACAUCAUCACCAACCAUCGCAACUACCUCAGCCGAUUGCAAGCUAUUACAACAACAGCAUUGCCAACAAUCAUUUACAGGGUGAACGGGGCGGGGGCGGCGCAGGUGGCGGAGGAGUAGGUCUAGGAGGAAGUGUCGUCAGCGGCAUCGGCGGCGGUGGCAACGGUUAUGGCAGCGGCGGUUCGGGUAACAAUAGCGCCAACAGCAGUAGUCCCCAAUCGCCACCUAGCAGCAGCUACAAGGAUGCGCAGCUCAAAGACGACACGACGCAUAUUGUCAGCGAGAUGAGCAAACUGUAUCGUAAAUCGCCAUUUCUGCAGCGGAAAUAUAGCAAUGGCGCAGGAUUGAAGUACGCAGGCGGCGGUGCAGGCGUUGGCAGUGGUGCAGAGAGCCCCAAAAAGGAGUCAAUGUUCAGUAGUAUAGGUCAGACGAUUAUGCGCAAUCUCACCACUUCGCCCUUCAGCCAAAAGAAGCACCAUACACCACAGCCGCAUCAGGUGGAUCCAUUGUGGCGCAUGCCGAAUGUCCACGAGAUGGGUGGUAAUGCGUUCGAUGCGUUUGACAGCCCGGCCACUCCAAAAAAUUUGGGUAUAAGUUCGCCGGCAAUGGCGCGUAAGCGGUUUCAGACCGGCGCUGCCACGCCAACGUUGCCCCUGGCUACGGUCGUAGAGCCGAUAAUAAAAGAGCAGCAACCUUCGUUAAUACCAGUUAAUCGCACUGAGUUGAACACGCAACAGCGAGUGCAGGGCAAUCACAGUCCAAUAGUUCUGCAACGUUUCUAUCAUCAACAAAAUCAAUUGCGUGAGAAGGAGCUGGAGAAGCGUAAGGAGCAGCAAAAGCAAUCUACCAAUCCCUUCCUUGCUGGCAAUUAUCUUACAACCGCUGCCGCCACAGCUACCUCAGCAUCCGGCACAACACCACAUUACACCAGUAGCAGCAGCAGCACGAGUAAUCAGCACCACUACCAACUGCCACAACAGCAACGUUAUCCUCAACAACAAAUCACUCAUCAUCACUUGCCACUGACCAGCGCUGCCUCUUCAUCGCAUUCAACUUCUAGUCAAUCAUCCACACAAUCCUCAUCUUCACAAAUAGCGCCGGGUGAUUUGCAUGGGCAACAGCUGCGAUCGCCACCAAAUUGCGCGCCACCGCCGGCGCCCUAUGCCACGGCGGCGGCGUUUGGGGCUAGUCCCAGUCAGUUACAAUAUCAACCAUUGCCCCAACACUAUUUGCCGUUAAAUGAAAAAACAGUGCGUAGCUCACGUUCGCCGCCUACUUCGCCGGAGCAGUUGUCCGCCGAAGGGGGCGCCGGCACUGGCGGUGGAAGUAGUGGCGGAAGCAUGGCGAGUAAGCUGAGCAAGUUGUACGCGCGUCGGCAGUGGCAAACGACAACGGCGGCAACGUUAACAACGCAUACGGGUGCUGAGGUGAGUGGUGGUUGUGGCGGCGGCGUGGCUGGCAAGGAAUACAGAGACGAACAUGGCUGGUUUAACACAUUCACUGGCGCCAUGAAGCGCCAAUUUGCCUCCUAUGUUAAAUUACAAUUGCAUUCUGCAGCCUCUCCCCAGACCAGCAGCAGCGCAGCUAGUCAGCAUGAGAGCAUUGGAUAUGAGAGUGGCCUGCCAAUGAGCGCGCAACCUGUAAAACCUACACUCGCCUACUAUCGCACACUUUCCGCAGGUAGCAGCAGCAACACGAGCAACAGCACUUCCCCUACAGAUGCGCAGCCGAAGCCCAGCGGCCUUGCGGUCUCCACUGCCAGCAGCGCCGCCAACACUGGCGGAAGCGACUUCUACGAUGGUACAAGCGGAUUUUUGCGUCGAUAUGCAGCGGCGGGGGCCAGCAGCAUGGCUGGUGGGCCCUCUAAUGCGCACCUCCUGACAGGCUUGGAUCGUCGACAUCGGAGUCCGGAUCCACCGCCGCGAUACAAUCGCGGUCAAUCACCACUACUGCUGCGCAAACAACUGCUGGAAUUGAGCGGACAGCCACCAGGCGGUUCACCGCUGCUCAAUCGGCGUUUCGUGAACGCUUCACCACCAUUGCCACCGCCUCGUCGGGGCUCUGAGAGCGUCCCUGGCUCACCACAACAUUUCCGCACCCGCAUCCAUUACACACCCGAACCGCAGCGACGCAUAUAUCGCACGAUCGACCAAUGAGUAGCACUGCAAAUAAUGCUCAUGUGAUAUUGGUAUGGAUUUGAGGAGGAUGCAGGCGAGCGAAGUGGCAGCAACUGCGUCGGCGGUGUUCGCGGCAGCGGCGGCGUAGGUAGCGUUCAGUUAGCAACCACGCAGGAUGACACGGCAUUGUUGAGUGCACCGCCAAUGACACGACGCUUGCCCACUCGUCUUGCAGUCGGCAUCAGUGGAGACGCGUUACACACACAUAUGGCGGGAGAUACGAUGCCCAUUACAACCAGCCCGACAGUGGAUCGAAUGACUGCAUCGGAUGUGGCGGAUGUAUUGGCGCGCGAGCGUGAUUUUUGGCGUUUUCGGCGCGACGAGUAGCAGCUUACGUAUGUAUGUAGUUUGUAUUGGUGUUGGCGUUCUUCGCAAACAUUAUGCGCGACUAUAUUUUGUGUCGGGCGUUGUGCUCGCUUUCAGUUGCAAUUUUGUGAUUUUGUUCUUAAGCUUAAAGUGAAAAAAGCCAUUUCUAAAGCUAGCUAUUAUCCAAGUAUGUAUGUAAUCUGUGUGCGUAACAGGUGUGUUUAAUCGAAACAAAAUCAUAAAAACUCUAUACGGACUGAACGUUGUGCUAAAUAAAUUAAUGGGAUUAAUCAAACUAAAGCAAAGUGGGCUAGGCAAUAACACAAGUUGCCAUGUAGCACAAGGAUUUCGCAUUGAGCCUAAGAAACUUGAAAAAGUCUUUGGUUUAAAGUAAAAUGAAGGCUUUUUCACAACACGAAAACGUAUAUAAAGCUAUGAUAUAAAUAACUUGCUCAUAAUAUUAAAGAAAUUGAAAUUUGUCUAAAACAUAUGGUCUAACUUUAGAAUUCCAGAGAAGACGUCGAUGAAAAACAUGAUAUGAGCAGAAAAAAAUGCGUGCAGCAAUGAAAAAACUUUUAAUUUUUAAAGAAAACCGGCGCAAAACUCCGUUAAUAAAAAGAUUUUAAUCUGGUAUAAAAACUGGUCUAAAUUAUUUAAUUCUUUUCUUGCUUUGCUUAUAUAAAAACUUGCCAAAAAUUUAUUUUGAACCUUUGUGACAGCUGGUAAAAACUGGUCUAAAUAUUUAAGUUGGCUUUAUUUAUGCAAAAAAUCGCGGUAAAAUUUAUUUGAGGUCUAAACUUGUAAACUUUAUUAAAUUUUGCGAAUUUAAAUAUUACUUAGCAUUUAAAAAAUGUUUCAAAGCAAAUUAUUAAUAAACACAUACAAAUGAAGGUCUUAGAGAACCAGAAAGUAAAUAAACUACUCUCUUCGUAUUGAUUAAGUGCAUCUGUAGAUAUUUGUGUAUCUGAACGGUUUCGCUUGAUAUAAGAUAAUGCAAAUUUAUAGCGUAAAGAAGAUAAUUAUGAAGCUUUUGAUGUAGUCCAUGUGAAAUUCAAUCGCCAUAUAAAAAGAUUAAGAAAAACCGGAGAGAAGAUGUUAGUACGUCGUCUACUUUGUGUAAUUAGCAAUUGCAUACUAGUUUUAAGCGCCCAGACAAAUAUCGUUACCCAUAGAAAAUGUAACAAAUUUACUACCAUGUAAAAAAUAUGUAAAACGGCUGCUUGACUUGAAAAUUGGCAUAGUUGAAAAAAUCAAACUACGUGCUUCUAAAUUCGCUGCAGAAAAUUGGCAUUGUAAAAUCUUGCAUUGAGAGUUUUUGACGAGUGAUUUAAAUACGAUAAUGCUAGAGCAAACCAAUUUUAGAGGUGCUAAUUUUGAUUUCUUAAUAUUUCAAGCUCGUCAGGUUAUUGGGCA